AUGGCGGUCCCCCAGAGCUCACUGAGCCUGAUGCCCUGGGAACAGGAAAGCUUCUUGCAAGUGAAGGAGGAAGAUGAAGAGGCGGGCUUCUCUCAGAGCCAGGAAUCCGGCCUUGGUGGCCACACCACUGACCCUGAGGCUGCACGUCUGCGCUUCCGGCAUUUCCGCUACCAGGAGGCGGCGGGGCCCCACGAGGCCCUGGCCCGGCUUCGUGAGCUCUGCCGCCAGUGGCUGUGGCCCGAGGCGCGCUCCAAGGAGCAGAUGCUGGAGCUGCUGGUGCUGGAGCAGUUCCUGGGCGCCCUGCCCCCCGAGACCCAGGCCUGGGUGCGGGCCCAGUGCCCUGAGAGUGGUGACGAGGCUGCCAGGCUCGUGGAGGAUCUCACCCAGGUGCUCAACAAGAGAGAGUGGGACUCAGGACCCGAGCCCGCAGAGGCAAACUGCAAGCAAAGUGAUUCAGAAGAGUCCCAGCCAUCAGACACGGCCACUGAAAGCCCUGUAGCAGAUGUGUCUCCAGGGCCCGCCUUGGGCAAUGCCUGUGAACCUGAGGGCAGUUCAGAGAGGCAGGCGGGACUCUCAGGGGAGACCCACACAAUGUCUGCUGCCCGCCAGAUGGAUUUCAGAAACACUUCAGAGCCUCACAAGGACUCCUCCACCAACCAGUCCAGUUGUGACUAUGAUGCCUUGAACAGUCUUGGCAUGUGGCCAAACUUUGCCUCAAGAGAAAGGACUCCUUCACAAGAGAAAUUCGAUUCAUUAGACAGUUAUGGGACUGAGUCUCCCUGCCCACACUCAGGGCUGAAGGCCUCCAAGUGUAGCAACUGUGGGAAAACUUUCAGGAGCCCUUUGGCCCUCGAGGCACACCAGAAGAGCCACACUCGGAAGACACCCUACACCUGCAGUGAGUGCGGGAAAGCCUUCAGCCGGAGCACUCACCUGGCCCAGCAUCAAGUCGUCCACACGGGGCUAAAGCCCCACAAAUGUAAAGAAUGUGGGAAAGCCUUCAGCCGAAUCACCCACUUGACGCAGCACCAGAGGAUCCACACUGGAGAGAAACCCUACAAGUGCGGGGAAUGUGGCAAGACCUUCGGCCGCAGCACCCACCUCACCCAACACCAGCGGGUGCACACAGGUGAGCGGCCCUAUGAGUGUGAGGAGUGCAGGAAGGCCUUCAGUCAGAGCACUCACCUGACCCAGCACCAGCGGAUCCACACUGGGGAGAAGCCUUACAAAUGUGACGUGUGUGGGCGAGCCUUCAGUGACUGCUCAGCGCUGAUCCGACACCUGAGGGUCCAUUCUGGAGAGAAGCCAUAUCAGUGUAAGGCUUGUCCAAAGGCCUUCUCCCAGAGCUCCUCUCUCAUUGAGCACCAGAGGACUCACACGGGGGAGAAGCCUUACAAGUGCAGUGACUGUGGCAAGGCUUUCAGCCGCAGCUCAGCCCUCAUGGUUCACCUGAGGAUUCACAUCACAGUGCUGCAGUGA